AUGACGGCGCCGGACACGAACCUUACCCGCGACAGCGACUUGUGGUCUGUAAGCACAGCGCCGGAAGCAGCAGCAGCAGCAGCAGCAGCAGCUGCUGCUGCUGAGGGUUUAGCAAAGGGUUUAGGGUUUGCUGCUGACGAAAUCAACAGCGAAUUGGGAGACCUUAUUGGCGGCAUGCAGCGCUACCACCACCUCGCAAACACCCUCGCAGGGGGCAUGGAUCUUGUGUCGGUGGUUGAGGGUUUGCGGCUGAAGAGCUCGCAGCUGCAGCAGCAGCAGCAGCAGCGGCUGCGGGAGAAGACGAAGCAGCAGCUGCAGCAAGCCAGGCUGCGUGCGCAGCAGCAGCAGCAGCAGCUCAGAGAAAAGCUCAUGGCUAGCCAGCUAGCUGCUAAAGACCAAACCAUAAUUAGGCUCCAG